AAGUAGUGCGACAGGAAUUGCCUUAUGGAAUAUGACGUUACGUAAUGAGCUGUUCUGUGAAAACGCGUAUGUAUAUAUAUAUAUAUAUAUAUAAAACCGUUUCACGCUAAUUAUCCAGAGUACAGUACAUCUGGUACAGGCUUGAGACGAGGGGUGGUGCGUGUCCGGAGUUGGGGUGCAAGAACUCAGGGACGUGAGAUUAUAUCGAAAUAGGCGAGUUUGUCAAAGGAGUGCUUUACCUAUCAGGGCAGCCGCUCACCGACAGACAUGUUAUAUGCUGCCCUACUGCGAGUCUCACAGCUCUAUGUCAUCCUCAUUACCAUGUCCGCAAAUCAAGGUAAGGUCAUUGCCCCCUCGAGAGUAAAGGUGAGGCAGAAUCAGCCCGUCACAAUAUACUGCAAGUUGGAGCUGGAGCAGGGGGAGUCGUUGAAGCAGAUUCUGUGGCGGGACAAGCAUAACCAGACCCUGUUUGUGUACCAUCCUGAUGAGCUUCCAAACAUCACGGACAACCAGCGCGUAACCCUGGAAAGCCCUACCUUACACACCACUGGUGUCACAAUCGAGAAGGUGAGCCUAGAAGACAAGGAUUGCUACGUGUGUGUGUUCUACGUGUAUCCCAGCGGGUCUCAGGAAAGAAGCAUCUGUCUAGAAAUUAUGGCCAAUCUGAGUACAGAAGGGAACAAAACGGCGGUCAGCGGAAAGCUGGCAACACUGUCCUGCCAGUUUAGCCCCUCCGAGGGGGUCAAGCAGGUCCAUUGGAGGAAGACGGAGGAGCAGGGUGACACCAGAGACGUGGCUGUCAACGGCAAGGAUGGAAAGCCUGUUAUUGAAGAGCCGUUUAAGGACCGUGUAAUGCUGAGCAGUGGCGUCAGUGAGACAAAUCUCUACAUCAAGCCAGUGAGAGUUGAGGAUGAGGGCUGUUACACCUGUGAAUUUGCCUACUAUGAUGACAUGGAGAGCGCUGCAGCCUGUCUCACUGUCUACGUUUUGCCCAAAACAGAAGUGAACUACCGGACGGUAUCUCCAGGGAUCAUCGAGGCAAACUGCACAGCGCUGGCUCGUCCAGCAGUCCAGAUACGGUGGGAUGUGGAGAAGGACAACAGGACACUCAGCCCACCUGUGUCGUCCGUCUUUGAGCAAGGGGACGGGAUCUUGGUGGUCCAUAGCACUCUGCUUGUCCAGGCAGAUCUUCUAAAGGAACUGCCUGUGAAGUGCCUGGUCUACCAUCCUGGCCUCGAGUCCCCCAUCUCUGUCUCCCUGAACACCAAGAUUGGGAAAGCCUUUACCGUUCUUAUCUCCGUGACAACAGUCGCAGCACUGCUUAUCCUAUGCCUAUGCAUCUAUCUGUGGAAAUGCGUCCUGCGUGACUCAAUGGGAUUUUACGAGAGCUUCUUGCCAGUCGCUUCACAUAGGCGUCAUCUGAUUGUAACAGUACUUACAGGUAACAGGUAACUUUAGACCUUCUUUGAUCUUCCUGGAGCUGAUCAUUGGCUGAGUCUUUGCCAUUUUGGCUAUUCUUCGAUCCAUUCAAAUGGUA